GUUGUCAACAUCGGGACAGCAACUCGUGAGACGUGAAACUGGACACCUUAGUCUUCCAUAGAUAAUUUUAAUUUUAUCUGAGACUGUCUGUGUGUGAUUAGCGCAUGUCUUGGUCGAAAAUCGUCGUGCCUAGUAAAUAUAUAUCGCGGUUUAAAGUGCACCUGAUAACGUGACAAAUUUGCAAUACACGUGACCUGAGUGAACCCUGAAGAUGGACUUGGCGCUGGUGAAGGAAUCCAUCGGUAACCUGCGGACGGGUGUCAACAAUUACUUCUCAGGAAAAGAUGCGUUUUACAUUUGCGUUGCAACAACGGGAGUGUCCGUUACAGCGGUGUAUCUCGUCCAAGCUAUUAAAAAUAGAGAAAAUAUUCAUGAUCGACUGAAGGUUAAAUUCUUCAAGCUGUUACGUAGGAUACCUGCCAUUGGUAAUAAGAUCGAAGGAGAGCUUUUAACCAUCAAACAGAGUUUCUAUACUGAUAUGGAUAAGCGAAUGAAGGGCGUAGGUUAUAUAACCAGACUCCCGGAAAAACCCAUCAGCGACGAAGCCAUUGCCAAAGAAGUUGCAACCUAUCUUGAUCUAGGUGAAUAUGACUGGGAGUCGGGCUAUGUGUCUGGUGCUGUCUAUUAUCAUGAAAAGUCGCUCUGUGAUCUUGUGGCGAGGGUGCACGGACUCGCCUCUUACACCAACCCAUUGCACCCGGAUGUCUUCCCUGGAGUGUGCAAAAUGGAAGGAGAAAUUGUGAAAAUAUCCUGCAACCUCUUCAACGGAACCAAAAAUGCCUGCGGUUGUAUGACGUCAGGUGGAACGGAGUCCAUCCUGAUGGCCAUGAAGGCUUACAGAGACUUUGCGCGGGACACAAAGGACAUCACUGAGCCUGAGGCCGUGCUCCCAAUGACGGCCCAUCCGGCAUUCAACAAAGCUUCUCAGUACUUUGGCAUAAGACUGCGAUUUGUGCCUGUUGACCCUAAGACAUAUAUUGUCGAUCCAAAGAAAAUGGCCAAGUACAUCACCAGCAAUACAAUUGUGCUCAUUGCGUCAGCGCCAAACUAUCCUUACGGGACAAUGGACCCCAUUCCCCAAAUUGCUGCCAUUGGACUAAAAAGGAACAUUCCAGUCCACGUCGAUUCGUGUCUUGGAGGAUUCCUUGUGCCCUUUAUGGCCAAGGCUGGAUAUCCUCUGGAACACGGCUUUGACUUUUCUGUACCCGGAGUCACCAGUAUAUCUGCGGACACUCACAAGUAUGGCUUCACACCCAAAGGUUCAUCUGUGAUCAUGUACAGCGAGUCCAAGUACUUGCACUCCCAGUUCAGCACCGCAACUGACUGGCCUGGCGGCGUCUAUGGGUCGCCGACUGUCAGCGGCUCUCGGGCUGGAGGAAACAUUGCUGCCUGUUGGGCUACAUUGCUGAGAUUUGGCAUGGAAGGAUACAUUGACGCCACCAAGAAAAUUAUUGAAACUGCAAGAAGAAUCGAAAAAGAGGUGAGAGAAAUGGAAGGAGUGUUUGUUUUUGGGAAGCCAGCCACUUCAGUGGUUGCGAUUGGCUCCGAUACUUUCCAUAUCUACCACUUGCUAGAUGCCCUGGGCAAGAAGGGUUGGAAUCUGAACCCGCUGCAAAGUCCACCAGGAUUGCACAUUGGAGUCACACACAUGCUGACUCGACCUGGGGUCGCUGACCGUUUUCUUAAUGAUGUUAAGGAAAUUGUAGCCCACUUGUUGAAGAACCCUCCUGCUUCCUUGGAGGGAAAGAUGGCUCUGUAUGGCACCGCAGCCAGCCUGCCCGAUCGCUCAAUUGUGAGCGACUUCACGCGCCUCUUCCUCGAGUCGUUGCUGUUCACAGACAGCAGUAAGCCACACAACUUCUUGACCAACGAAAGCAACGUCCGACGUUCUCGGCACAACAAAAUUAAACACCAAAAAAAGUUCUGCCAAGUUAGGAGAGAAAUUUACAAGUAUACACUAAGAAAAUUGUGAUUUUUGCCUCUUCAUGAAAAAUUUAUCCACACGAGUGAGAUUUCCUUGUCAAUCAAGUCAUCAUAUAACUUAUGCAUGUAUGUAUCUAGUAUUACACCAUGGCCCCUGAUACUUUUGCACUGAUUUUUUACAAAAUAUAAAUUUCUCAACUUACCUCCAAGUGUGUUCUUGAAACUACGAGUAAAACUAAAUCUGUGCUAGUCUUGUGUUUCGGUAAUUAUGGGCACAAUAUUGUACCAUACAGUCUAUCUAUGAAUUUGAUCUUAUUUUUAUAGAAAGUAAAAACUUAUUCUUUGUCCCUAUUUCUUGUAAACCUACAUGGGGAAAAUUCAAAAAAUUUAAAAUUUUGGGCUUAAUAUGUUGAAUGAUAUAAUUUUUUUGUUCUUUCAAUUCAAUUAUUUUGUAAUGAAAUAAUAUUGUAUGUGCUUAUAUAGAGUUGAUAUUUUUAUUCUGCCAAUAAAAAAAAAGAUGAAUUUUC